AUGGAUCCUGGUUAUAAGCUGCUUCAACAUAUCAAGACUGUCCCUAAUCUCAUCAAUGAAGACCCAAGUAUAACUACUCCCAAGAACUCUAGCUUCAUGGAUUUACCUUGGUCCGAAUUCUCCAAGUUGUUGGCUACUAAUGAUAACAAGCAUCGUGUUUCCACUGCCUCCAGUACAGAUACAAAUAUUAGCAGCAAGUCAACUACUGCUAAUUCCAGUUCCACUGACCUAAGUUCUCUGCAAAAUAUUGAGGAGGAAAGCAUUCAACUGGGUAACUGGGAUUCUAUGACAGGUUAUCAAGACGUAUACCAUACUAUAAGUAGAACCUCAAGUCCUUAA